AUGACUAACUGCUUCCACGGCAGAUCCCCGGAGAAGACCAGGAAAUUCGGGGAUCUAGUGGAGCAUGAUGUCGUGCGGGCACACGAGGAGACAGUGGCUAAGCGCUUGAGACAGAACUAUCGGAGAGAGUUGGGCCGGCGCAUCGAUACCCUCUUGGAUUUCUCUGUCACCCCUAGCCCUCGAAAACCUGAGCGGUCAGAUAUCGACGACCAUGCCAUAGGGAGAUCCGAGAAAGCCAAGGUGGAGUAUGCGCUUCAGAAAGCAAAGGAAUACGACUCCCUGCGCGAGGAAAUUACUCGGUACGAGCGCGCUCUUGGGUUCGAGUUCGCCUGCACCAGUAAGGCCAACGACCUCGAGGUCCAGGCCAAUCAUAUCAUGCAGGAGCUCAAGAAGAUGGACGUCGAGUGGUUCUAUAAGCCAGCCAAGCCAAAGAUUGGCUAUCACGGCCAGGAGCAUACCAGAUUCUACGGAGACCACUUCCUUUCCAAUCUUGACAUAAUUGAGCGGACACAACUCUUCGCUCUUUGCCGGGCCAUGCCCAAGGGUGCGCAUCUCCAUAUUCACUUCAACGCCAAUUUGCUGCCCAACUUCCUGCUCGAUAUCGCCAAAGACAUGGAGCACAUGUUCAUCUGGAGCAACAUUCCUCUGGAAGACGUUUCCGCACUCAACCGGUGCAGGAUACAGUUCAGUAUCAUGAGCCAAGAUACGGCAAAGAGUAGAGGCGAAGGGAAUCUCUUCGAAAAGACUUAUAAAAGCCAGCAGGUGAUGCGCUACAAAGACUUCAGGUCCCAAUUUCUGCAACACUACUGGGACCAUGUGGAUGUCGAUACUUGGCUCCAGACCAAACUAGUCUUUCAAGAGGAAGAAGCCCACAACAUGCUCCAAACAGCUGAGGGGGCCUGGGAAAAGUUCAACGCCCGAACCCAAAUGAUGAAAGGGCUCUUUAACUACGAAACGGCCUAUAGGAAAUACACCCGCCAAUGCCUGGAGGAAUUCAAGGACGACAACAUCCAGUACGCUGAGAUCCGGCCAAAUUUCAUGUCAACAAACCAAGUCUGGAGAGAUGACGGCUCAAGCAAGAUGGACAAUGAGGGUAUCAUGGACCUUAUUAUCGCCGAGUACAAGGCCUUCCAGGACACCCACCAGCGAAUAGUGGUAAAGGGGCUUAAAAUCAUCUACUGCACGCCCCGAUCCUUUAACAACGACCAGGUGGCAUUGGCCUUGAAGGAGUGUCUUGACUUCAAACUUGACAAGAGGUUUUCGGGUUACAUUGCCGGCUUCGAUCUGGUUGGGGAAGAGGCCAAGGGCAAGCCGCUCAAGGCGUUCAGGGCCGAAUUUCUCGAGUUCAAGCGACUUUGCGCUGAGGCGAAGGUGGAGAUUCCCUUUCUGUUUCAUUGCGGCGAAACACUGGACAUUGGCACUGAGACGGACGGGAACCUCGUGGAUGCGGUGCUCCUCGGUUCGAAACGGAUCGGCCACGGUUUCGCACUGCCCCGGCACCCAUACAUCAUGGAGCAGAUGAAGAAGCGCAACGUCUGCAUCGAGGUCUGCCCAAUCUCGAACGAGAUCCUCGGCCUGACACCGCGGAUAAGCGGCCAUUCAAUGUACAGCCUCCUAGCCAACGACGUGCCGUGCACCAUCAGCACCGAUAAUGGCACUUUGUUCAGGUCACGUCUCUCGCACGAUUUCUACCAGGUUAUGGCGGGCAAGUCAGACAUGACGCUCCACGGCCUGCGCCAGUUGAUUGAGUGGAGUAUCGAGCACUCUUGCAUGGAGCCCGACCUGAAGCAGGAAGUCCGCCUGGACUGGGAGGGGAAAUGGCAGCAAUUCUGCCAGAGAAUCGUCAACGGCGAUUUCUCCUUCUCAAAGCCGGGUGGGAUAGACCAGAAGGGUUCUAGACUUUGA